CUGAUCGGCAUGCGUAGCAGCAGAAAUGGUGCAGACUUCGACUCAAACCUCCAUCAAACCGACGGUCCAAGGUCAACUUCGCGCAUGCUGCGAUCGGUACUCCUGUUAUCCUUAGCCGUGGGGCUGAUCCACGCGCAAGCGUGCGAGGUUCCCAAAGAGAAUACGCUCACAUCAACGUGCUUUGGGCUGUGUGCGCCACGGCCCACCACUGGCAGCAUCGUCGCCAGUUGCCUUGUUCUGGGCGUGAACGACGCCAAAAACGGAUGCACGAACCAGAAAGACGGCACAUGUACCGAGAACGUCGGAGGCGGGGCGUGCACCAUCUCGUGCUUGCAGCCAUUGACCAGUGAACUCGAUUCGACGUGGGCCAUUCGCGUGGGUGUACCCACCCGCCAAGACGCUGACGUCGGGCUUGUGCAAGCCAUCAACGAUGUCGAUAUCACACCCUCCACCACGACCAUUCGCAUUGCGCCGCGCGAUGAUGUCGUCAUACCCACGUCCGAGCUCCGAUUCGUCCAAACGAGCUUUCGUCAAGCCAUCAGUGUCACAACCAUUGACAUUGAACGGUUGCUAGUGACCAAUUUCACGUCGUUGACCAUCUUGUCCAAGCUCAAGUCCCUGAGGCUAAGCAACGUCGGCCUUGCCCAGGCCGUAGACGUCGAGUCGCCGACGAUGUCGGAAACGUUGGACACGGUCGAUCUCUCGGGCAACAAGCUGCGCGAGCUGCCCCUGUUUCUCUUUCGCAACAAGAAUCUGCAGGUGCUCAACGUCUCAGGCAACCCCCUCGUGAACGUGCACUUGAUGGCAUCCGAGCUCCAGUUCCUCCAGGCACUGCAAACAUUUGCCGCGCCCGUCUUGACCCUUACAAUGCCGUGCCAAGUCGGGUUUGUGUCGACGAAGUGGCACGCAUCCGUGCUGUGCGUCCAAGACGAUGCAGGCAAAGAGAGCAGCAACAACACCAGACAGGAUAACCCGUUGGGGUAUGUGCUGGCCACGACCGCGCCGUCGUCAGCGGAGGACGCCGCCGCCGCCUCGUCCAACAAGACGUUCCUCGUCCUCAUCGGCACGGGGACGUGCGUUGUCGUGGGGGUGUUUGUGUACCUGGCCAUCUUCAUGCGUCGCCCCCGCAUGCGCGUCAAGCAUCCCGAGUUUCCUCGGGGGUCGCUCACGUCGUCGGCGGGCGGUGGCGGCGUCGACUCGUCCAUGCAUGUCAUGGAAGCCACCGACAAGUCGUACUACGUGGCGCAGACGGUCCAUCUACCCGAAGACGACGACGACGACGACUGCAUUACCACAGCACCCCACUGGUCGUCGUCCAGGUCCACAUGGACGGUGCAGUCGUUCAGGAGCCUCUUCACCGAGAUUGCGUUCCCCGACUUGGUCGUGUCGGAGGUCGCCCCCGUCGUCCUCGUGCACGACAGCUUUGACAUGGUGAGGGGCAAGUUCAAGGGCAAGCGGCGGGUGCACGUCAACAGGCUCAAGCCCAUGGCCCACGACAAAUCGUUUGUGUUUUUGUCACUCCUGUCGACACUGCGCCACCCGCGGGUCACGGCGGUCGUCGGCGUGAGUUGGCGCCCGGUCGACCCCUCCACGGGCGGUAUCCAGGUGGACGUCGUGUGCGAGUACAUGGACGGCGCGCUCCUCCAAACGUACCUUGGCAGCACAUGCAAGGACACAUGGCGCACCGGCAAGCUGCAGAUCAUGCUCGAUGUGUCGCUUGGCCUCAUGCACAUCCACGAACAUAACUACGUGUACGAACACUUGAGCCCCCGAACACUGCUUGUCGACUCGGCCCGCGGCUGCAAGCUCCACACAGUGGCCAUCGCCCUCAAAGCGCCAUUUCCGUCGACGUCGAGCACUCUGCUGCAUGUCGCGCCCGAGGUGCUCAAGGGCGAACAACCCACGACCGCGUCCGACAUGUAUGCGUACGGCGUUCUCGCUGCCCAUGUCGACAAGAUCACGUCGGAGGGAAUUGCGUUUUCACCGCAAUGUCCCGAGAUGGUGGUGCAAGUGGCCAAAUCGUGUCUGCAGGUGGACCCGCAGCAGCGCCCCAGUGCUAGCUUUGUGUACGCCAUGCUUCGCAGACAAGCCAGCUUCAUUGAAGCAUAAAAGAUAGCAUGGGCCAUAGGAAUAGUGAUAGGUUAGAUGUAUUAAGAGUAGAAGUGAUUCGACUGAGCAUUAUUCGAUUACGGUCGUUGGGAAGCGGUCAGAUUUUGAAUGCAACCGACGGGUGUACAGCAAGUUGUUGGCUGUGGCUAU